GCCGCCUUUUAACCCCUACACACCAUCGGAGAUUCGGAAGCGCCUGGAGAAAAUUGGCCCCACCGCUGCCCGACGCUACUCUUUCAUCCCCAGAUGCGGGCGGAUUGUAAAAUCAACGCAUCUUAAUUCCUCUUUCGAGUUCUUCGUUAUCGAAGCUCCUUUGAGGUCAGCCGGUGCUGCAGGAGUCUAUCGGCCCCCUACCCUCUACUAAUCCCACUGUCGCUUGGAUUCAUCGCUCUUCCUUAUUGGAGCCCUUUUUCGGUUGUUCUACUGCUCGAAAUCCCACCGAUUCGAUAUCACUCGACCCGAUAUUCCUUUUCAAAAACCUCGACAUGUCUGGCCUUACCCCCGGCAACCGGAACAGCACUCCGGAAGUCACAUCCUCGAGUCUGCGACCUCCGAACUCGCGAACCAUCGGCGCAGGCCAUCACCUCCGCGCCUCAGCCGACUUCUCUCCAUCCCCCAUGGCCGGACGAGGCCCGCUUCGUCCCUCGUCGGAGGUGUACCAGGGCCAGAAUCACAAUGAUGAGGGUACCAUGGACAAGGCGACGCAACAGUGGAUCGCCGACAUCGAUCAAUACGAGGCGACGCUGGAGGAAAUGGCCGCCGCGACGUUGGACCAGGACUUCAAGGAUGAGCUCAGCGCGAUUGAGCAGUGGUUCCGCGUCUUAAGCGAAGCGGAACGAACGGCUGCCUUGUAUGCGCUUCUGCAGCAAACGACCCAGGUGCAAAUUCGCUUCUUCAUUCAGGUCUUGCAGCAGAUGGCCAAGUCUCAUCCCUUCUCGGGUGUCCUGUCGCCGGCCAAUUUUGGGGAAAAGGAUCCGAUGUCUCAGCGAUUCAGCGAUGCUUUCACGAAGCUGUCGGUCGACGGGUCGCGAAAUUCUGUCGGCGCUCGUCCGCCUCCCUCGCCAAGCGUCAAGCGCAAUUCGGGCCUAGACCCGAACACCAUCUACUCCAUGUUCCCGGAUGCGGCGGCCGCCAUCGCGAAGCAAAAGGCCGAAUUCACUCAACAGACCGGCAUGCAACCGACGUCCAACCGAAACAGUACGGUGGAUCGCACCUCGUUGAUCGCCCCGACCAUUUCCGGCCCUGAAGAAGGACGCAAAGAGAACCCGAACCAACCGCCCUCGUCGCCCUGGGGACCGCGCUCAUCGAAUGCCGCGCGUCCCAAGUCAUCCUCGAGUCACCACCCGCCCAUGGGUCAGUUCAUACAACCCCCUCCGUCCGCCGGCCUCCGCGCCAAUCGCCCGGCUCCCAUCAACAGCGACAGCAAUAUCCAAAGCACGACCCUCAACGCGAUCGAUCCCUCGGGACUUCCGCUCCUUUCCCCGUACUCCGGCUCCGGCAACUGGGCCUCGAUGGUCAACACCCCGAUGGCUCCAAACUUCCCCGCCGCCCAAUCCAGCUCCCAAGCCGACAUGAUCGCCAACGCGACGGCCAUGAAACUGGCGGCCCUGUCAACUGUCAACAACCGGAUCCAGCUCGACGAUGUUCGCAAGUACCGCCGCACCCGCUCCACGGAGGGUAACGGUCCGGGUGGCGCGUCCUCCAACCCCCAGUCGCACCCGAACGCCAACUUCGUCAUGACCAACGAGCUGGGACAGGUCCUCUCGCCCGCGCAAGCCGCCGCUCUUCAAGCCCAACAACUCGCCGCUCUGAACGGUCGCCGCUCGCGUCCCAACUCCCCUGGCCUGGCCAUGGGUGGUGGGGGUCCCAGCGGACCUCCCGGGAUGUCGUUCGCGCCGCCACAGAACAACGGCUACCUGACGACCUACGAUGCCAGCGGCAACGUCAACCUUGUCCCGCAGCUGAACCUCGCCUCGUUCGGUCUCAGCGCGCCAGGGCAGUUGCACGAGGGAUAUUUGUCCGACCAUUCGGAGAUUGCGCGGGGGAGGAGUCCGCGCGGACGGCGGGGCAGUAGCAAGCCGCCGGAGGAUCCGACGGACACGAAGCUGCUGGAGGAUAUACCGGCGUGGUUGAGGAGUUUGCGGCUGCACAAGUACACCGACAACCUGAAGGAUCUGAGUUGGCCGGAUAUGAUCGAGUUGGAUGAUGAGGGGCUGGAGAAACGGGGAGUGAAUGCGCUCGGGGCAAGGAGGAAGAUGCUGAAGGUAUUCGAGCAGAUCAAGGAAGCGAAAGCGGACGGGAAGUUGUAAGGAAACGUAAUGACCGAAGCCUGGUGGGCAAGAGGAACCCAAAUUGUUGCGCCGUAUCGAGUUCUAGGGAGAUUUGCUCCCAUGUUCGAGACGCACGACAGGGCGUUGGAAACAUCUCGGGUUGCGGAGGGAAUGCCCGAUAUUUCGCAAGCAUCGAUACCAAUGGGAAGGCACACACAGGGUGAUUCAAAAAAAGAUGGGGUGAUGCAUCGGUGGCCGUUGGAAGAAUGGACUGUGGGCUUGGAAAUAAUUGACUCCGCUCUGAUU